AUGGUUCCAAAGCCUUUAUACCAUUUCGCCAUAUAUACACAGAAGCCAUGGUUUGAUGUCAAUGGCCGACAGCAGCUCCAAGAGAAGCCAAACGCUUCUCUUUUCGAUCAGGGAUCAGCAGACGAAGUAGCUUCACUGAAGGCAUCGCGCAGCUCUGGCUAUAGUGUUCAAUUCUCAGAUUGGGAUGAUUAUUUUGAUGAUAAGGGUAAAAGUAGGGUACGGUAUAUGGGAUAA